CAAUUCUCUAUCUAUAGACAAAGAGGGAGAGAAAGGGAGCGUGAGAGUAAGACAGAGUCAGAAGACAGAAACCCACAGACGAAAAGGCAAACAAAAAAAAGACAACAAAAUCUCCUAUUAAAAAGGUAUAUAUGGACUCAGAAUGGAAAGCAUAAGGGAAGGAGUGAGGGUGGGUGUCACAGGGCAGUCUCUUUUGAAGAUGGAAAGAAAAGCUAAGAUUUUGGAAUAAAUUGUCCUUUUUGGCAAAGACAAAAACGAUUGCUAGACGCGCCGGGAGAACACGUUUUAGGAGUUGGCACUGAUCACCUAUAUCAACGCCAUCCCUGAGUGGUGGAGCGUAAUACAUCUUCAUAGACAGGGUUCUCCUGAUAACGGCUGAGCCUACGUGACUCUCAGAUGGAAGAGUCAAGCAGCCCCCUCUUCAGGAAGCUCCAUUUCCCUGUCGGCUUGUGGAUCAACUCACCCCGCAAACACUUUGCAAAACUGGGGGCCAGGUGGCCCAGCGCAGUCUCUGUCAAAUCCACCACCAGCUCAGAUGCGGUCUCCAUCCACGAGGCCAUGUCUGCUCCAAAUGCCUCCUCCCUGUCUGCCUCCACCCCCUCCCUGGCCCCACCCUCACCCUCACCAACUCCAGCCUUUCUCCGCCCUCGGCCAGCACAACCUCAAUCUCGUGCUAAACGUCUGUCCCACCUUUUCCUGAGAGGGCGGUCCAACAGCGAUCGGGACCGAGCGGUCGGGGACAGGGAGAGGGAGGUGUGGGCGCACUCAGCUGCACCGUCUUCUCACCACUACCUACCCCCAGCGCCUUCCUCGGCACCCGGACUCAUCAAGUUGUACGGGGAUGCCCUUUCCAGCGGAGCCAAUUACAGAAGUCUUCUGGCCCAUGUCCACUCUACAGCCAGGCAGCUGAUUGCACAGGUCAUCACACGCUACACUGAGCGGGAAAAGGAGGGAGACACAGAGGAUGGAGCUGCCUCUAAACACAGCCCUGAGGAUUUCCUUCUGUGUGAUGUCAUCGGGAAACCCAUCCAGCAGCCAGAUGGGGCCGUCCAUUGGCAGACAGAAUGCAGGAGGGGCGUGGCUCCCUGGGAGUGUCCCUUGCUUCUGAUUGACAUGUGGAGGCCGAAGGAUGGAUUUGAGCGUCGGUUCGAGAUCCAGAAGAGGGAGGACUAUGAGAGGGAAGAAAUGGAGAAAGUGAAGGAACGGGAAAGAGAAGGAGACGGCUGUGGAGGGGUGCGAUGGAGGCGGAGCCGCAUGGCAUCAGGGGGAGGGGCCGAGCAGAGCGAGCGUGGACACCGGGGGAGAAACACGGAGCUGAGGAGGAGCAUCAGUGACAUGAACCUGAGCCUGAGGCGUCGCCAUGGCAACCACGCCAACAAGGACCCCCGGCAAGCAGGCGGUGCUGCCGGUGGCGGUGGCGGCAUUCACGACAGGAAGAAUAUUAUGAGCAUGAUAGCGACAGAUUCUGGGGAGGCCGGGAGUGAAGGGAGCAGACAAGCCCAGGAAACAGAGGAAGAAAUGAACACUCCAUCCUGUGACCUGGAAGUGAUGUCACAGAGCCUGAUUCUUCCACCAACAGACUGCCCUUACUUCCUGUUGCUGCAGGGCUAUGACCAGAGCAAGGACUUUGUGCUGUACAUCAUGUCUGGCCAUAUGCAUGUAUUUGGCCGGAAACCAGCCCCCCGGGAACGAGAGAAGGAGCGAGAGCUGGAGAAGAAGGGUUCAAGGCUCCUGAAAGUGGACACCUUUCUGUCCGGCCCGGACCUUCUGCCCCGUCACCUGCUGGUCAGGCGAGAUUCGGCUGUCCCAGGCCAUUCUCCAAAGCAAGCUCUUGUUCGCCCAUUUAGGGGUGCGAUGGUCACUCACAAUGGGGUCACCCUGUACCGGGAGGCGGAGCUGAAGCCGGGGGACUUGCUUGGAUUGGGUGGCCAUUUCCUUUUCCUGUAUCGUGACCCGCGUGUGGUCCCAGCCCCUCCACUUGCCUUCCCCCAGCAUUGGCAGUCUGAGGGGCCCCCCCUCUGCUGCCCAGCAGGCCUGGUAGACAGACAGGAAGCUCUCCGUCAAUACCUGAGCUCCACAGACGCUGUGUUGAAGUUCGACCCCAGAUACGCCGAUACCCUCUUACAGGAAAUCAUCUCCAAGAACUGUUCACCCGACUCAGGGGGUGGAGCCCUCGCACCCGCAUAUCUCCUGUCAGUGAUGAUUGAUUAUGCUUCCAAGGACUUGGAUCCUGCCCUGAUUCCACAACUUAUGCUCAAAGCGGCCAAUCAGAUCAAGGGGAUUGUCUGGGAUAAAGUUAAAGAAUUUGGAGAUCAGCAUCCAACACAGAAUUCCACAGAUCAGGGAGUUGAAGCAACCAUAGAAAGUAUAGAGAAGGUGUCUUCUGACCUUCGACCUUUGAUGUUCUGGAUGUCCAACACCACAGAGCUUCUAAACUUCUUCCAGGUCAAAGUUGAGACAAUGGAGAAAGAAUGGGAAUUUGAGGCUCCAGGUGAUCCCAUCAUAUCAGCUGACAUGGACACCUGCUCAGAGGCCCUGGCUCUGCUUGAUGAUGUCAUCAUGCAUACCUUCCAGCAGUGUGUGUACCACCUGACUAAAACCCUCUACUCCUUCCUUCCGGCACUCCUCGAUACCAAUCCUUUUUCCAGUGAGGAGAAAGACAAAAGCAAGGAGGGAACGAAGGCGCAAAGUGCGAAGGCGGGAAGUGGAGGAGAGCCGGAAGAUGAUGUAUCCACACUUCCUCCCACUGUCGCUGGCUUGGUAGAGGUUUAUCGACGCUCUCUGAUGCUCUCCCGGGACGCGUGUCUCUCACCUCCCCUGACAUCCCAGACGUUCGGCUACCUCUUUUUCUUCACCAACACCUCCCUGCUCAACACUCUGCUGGAGAGAGAUGGCCUGUUCUCUUGGUCGCGGGCGGUUCAGAUCCGCACAAACCUGGACCUGGUUUUAGACUGGCUGCAGGGCGUAGGACUCGGAGACAUUGCUUCAGAGUUUCUGAAGAAGCUUUCAGUCACAGUCAACUUCCUGUGCAUUCCAAAGACCCGCCUCAUCCAGUCUUCUUGGUCCAGUCUACAGGAAGACCAUGCUUUACUAAGUCCAGCUCAACUUCAUCAUUUGCUGACACACUAUAAGUUAGGACCUGCUCGAGCCCCACCUUCUUCCUGGACCCCACCCCCUGGAACAGAACUUGGUGGAGAUAUUUUUGAAAGCUUCUUGGAUCACCCUCCACUCAUUUUGCCAAACGAGACCCCCCGGCUUGACCUCACGCAGCCAAUUCCAAGCUCUGAACUGCAACAGGAAAUAACACGACUGCGCAAUUUCCUGUGGGGGCUCGACCAGGACGAGCUGCCAGCCAAUCAGAGGACGAGGCUUUGAAGCAAUGAACUCACAGUCUGGGGAAUGUCACCCAUUUAAGUAACUAUAGAACUGGAAAGACAAAUUGCAAAAUCAGUUUUGUGGUUGGUACUGUUACUGACAUCAACAUGUAGAUGCAAAAAUAAGUGUUUGGGGCUCCAGAAAAUAGCAAUGUGUUGAUGCCAGUAAAUUAUAUACAGGAAGGUUUAACAUUUUUAUGUGUAAAAAGUAUAUUAAUUCUCUGUUACCACAUCCUAAUUAAUUAUACUGAGGAAUAUUAAGCCAGAAAACAUCAGCUAAACUGGAAUGCAGAAUGAAGCAAUACAGUAAUAUAGACACUGGUGUUAAAAAUUCUGUCAGCAAUAUAUUUUUCUGUAAUAAAUUUUUACAUUAUGAUAUACUUUCAUAAAACAAAAAUACCCCAUCAAGAAUAUAUAAUCUGUGCCACAUACAGAAAUAAAAUGCAUACAGAUUGCAUUUGUGUUGUAAGCACAAAAACACAAGAACUGAAGCAGGCAUUAUGCAGACCAUCCAUGCGAGAAAUAUAUUGCCCAAGUAUCCUGAUGUAUGACCACCAGCAGCUUCAAAAAACUGACUACUGUUUUCAUAAUAGUCCACUAGAUGGUGCAGACAUAACACUUUUUCAUGUCAUGGUCUAAGAAGGGUCAAAUCCAGAAGAAAACUAUUCAUCUUUUUUACCAUGAACUUAUCAAAAUAUAUAUUUUCCCCACAACUUCAUAAGCUGUAUAUUUUAAGCUCCCAUAUUCUAGUUGAUAAAAUGUGUUGGAAGUCUGAUAGAUUUGAUGUGAAAUAAUUCUUUCUUUAUUUGACUUUUCACAGCAUAAAUAUUCUGCCUUGCUUUGUAUACAAUACAUUCAAACGAUAUAAUGACCUUUUCUCCCUGACAAACGGUAUUCAGUGCCUUUAUGUUUUGGUAAAGUUUCUGUGCAGGUUUCUCCUGCUAUGAUUUAUUGUCCAAGAGGAUUGACAAAUAAAACAGACACAGACAGUGUUUAUACUUUAGAAA